CUUAUCACGUUCGAAGACGAAUUCUGAACACCACGCCGGCACGUUUAUUCUGUAAAAGAGUACCUAUCUGUUCGUUCGGUCCAUACGCGUCGCCUCCGCUGAAUUGAAUUCAUAUAAAUAACUCAUCCCGAUACAGUAAAUCUUUAGAUUUUCGUGGUAUACGCGACGCAUCGCCGACUACGUGUUUUGGUCUUUCUCUAGUUGAAAUCCAUUGCAAACAUAACAUGUUUAUCGAACAAGCGAAAUCCAACGAGAUACCCAAAGGUGCCAUACGUCUUACCAAAGACGAAGUAUACGAGUACAUGACCGAUUUAAUAAAGAAAUGGCCGAACUCAAUGGAAAUAUGGGCGCUCAAACAUGGUAAUCCAAUCCUGUCAUCGGCUGUAGUCAUUACAAACACGUUGAUAUUAAAUUAUUAUCGCCAAAGAUUGAAACUUAGGAAUUAUGGUCGUUUUACAUUGUUCUUGCCGGUGGUUGUAAUCCCUUCAAUUUUUAGUUUAUUAUUUCAAAAUUCAAUAACAACUAGAUCAAUUGUUUUACUUGAAGAUUGCCCUACUUGUAUUUAUACACAAUCAAUGUUCAUACAAAUGGGAACAGGAUUAGUUUACCCAUUGAUGGGUGCAAUUGGUGGAACAUAUAUGUUUGCUGUCAAAAUGGAUACUAUUAAUUUUAAAUCAAAUGGAUCCCAAAUGAUAAAAGAACUUACUACACAUGUAAUGAAAAAUAGUCGUCCUUUUUAUAAUCGACUAACUGUAUUCGUUAUUGGUCACUUAUUAUUAAGUUAUACAAUAACCCAUUAUCAAAUAAAAAAUUUUGAAUUUUUAAGGUUUAAAAUGAUGGAACAACAGAAAGAAGAAAUAGAAUCAUUUGAAAAAAGUAAACAAAUGAGAAAUAAGCAACUAAGUAAUUGAUUUAUUUAUUUUUCAUUAGAAUUAUUGUAGA